AUGAAUCAACCUCAAAGAAGUCUUUCAAAUUUAGGAAUGUCUAAAUCUCGUAUUCUAUUUAUCAUCUAUAUAGAGACUAUAUACCAGAAUAGAAUAGAACAUCUAGUGCAUUUUAUAAAAGAAAUGAGCAAACUCAAUUAGAUUAAUAAAUGACUAGAUAUGAAGAAUUUAAAAGAAAUUACAAACGAAAUGAAUUACAAUAUUCUUAUUAUUAGUAAUAACCUAGAGAUUUGAAUUAAUCUUUUGUUAAAGAACGAUACUAAAAUUCCUAUAAUUAUCAACCCAAUUAUAAUAAUAAGCAUUUAUAAACGCAGCAAUAUGAAUAUGAUAGAGACGUUUACAAAAAGGAAAUUAAAUAAGAUUCACCAAUUAAAGUGGAACUAAGUUAUACUGCCCCUAGUAGUAUCUAAAGAGGUGUUAUUUCUGACACAGCUGCUUAUUUGAGGGAAAGAGAGAAAAUCAUGAAUUCGUUUAUGACACAAUAAGAAAUUGAAACAAUUAAAAGAAUUUACUUAAGGAAAUGA